CGACUUAACAACCUGACGGCCGCCAUGUUACAGGAAACAGGAAGUGACGGUGCACGGUGCUCUCUGUUAUUAUUCCACAGAAAUCUUCUCAUCUUGCAGCAUUAUGUCAGGGCAGUGCUAUGGAUGUGGGACAGGAUUUAGUUUGUUUAAGAAAGAGCAUGGUUGCAAGAAUUGUGGCUUUGCAUUCUGCUCCAAUUGCUUGACCAAAAAGAUAGCUUUGCCAAAGGACAACACCAAACAUCGUGUCUGCAAUAAGUGCUUUGACAUUCUUAGUGGGAAGACUGUUGCUGAGGACCCACAAAGAUUUUCGCCACCAGAAGCAUUUAAAAAGAGAGUUGCUGCGCUUCAGGAAAGGGAGGCUCAGAAUGAAAAGCCAUCUGUUAAGUCUUUUAAACCACAACAUUCCAAGUAUAUGGGGCUUUCAAAAGCAGAUAGAGAAAUCGCAGAAAGACUUGACAAACUAAGAGAAUCUCCAAAUGAGCAAAAAGUGACAGAUGAGGAACUGAUCCAAGGUUUAGCAAGAUUAAGAGGAGAAAGCCCAGCUACAGCAUCUGCAAACAGCAAACCGUUUUAUCAACCUCCUGAUCGUCGCACACAGAUGGAGCAGGUGGACGAUUUGUUAGAUGAGAUUGCUAGUGAGGUGGAAAUAGAUUCACAUCGCCAGGAUCCAGUUCAGUAUGUGGAGAACAGGCUAGCCAGGCUUCGCAAGGAGGAAUCAGGUGCAGCACAAGAUGAGCAAAAUAAUCUAGACCGAAAUGACAAGACUCCAAAGAAAUCAUUUGUCAAAAACAUUGAUGUGAAACCCAACUCCAGCAAGAAACCAGAUGGAGGACUGUCAGCAGAUGAUGGAAAGGUAGAUUUUGAAGCGGUGCAUGCCUUUAUGGCAGCAGCUGCACUGGAAAUGGAGGAUGAGGCUCACAAAGCUCUAGAGGGCAUGCAAAGUGAUAAACAACUUAUGGAGCAACUGGCACAGUUAAAGCAAAGAAGAAAAGAAAAGGGUGAAAACAGUGGGAACAUUGAAGAACAACAAUCCCUGGAAUCAAACAUUGAAAAUACAGAAAUAGAUGAAGACAGUGACAAUGAGGAAGCAGCAGUAAAGCACAUAUUGCAGCAGUUCACAGAAGAAGUCACACUUGAUGAGAAGGUUGGAAACCUCUUAGCAAAAAACCUCAAAGGAACUCAUAAAUCAAAAUAUGACUCAGGCAGCAAAAUGGGAAGAAAAGAGGAAAAUACAAAGGAUGGCAACGAUGAUAGUUGUGAAGAUCCAGAUGAACUUCCAUACUGCUGUAUCUGCACAGAAGAUGCUUCAAUUCGAUGUCGAGACUGUGAUAUGGAUCUCUACUGUGCACAAUGUUUUAGGGAUGGCCACAAAGAGCUGGGACUGACAGAUCAUCGCACUAUUCCAUAUACACCACCAAAGGGGUACAGAUGAUUUGCAGCAACUGAUGUUCUUUUCUGUGAUGAUACAAUCUACAAGUUUUGUUCUCUUGUUUUGAAGGACAUCAAAAAGCUGUAACUUGUACCACAAUUGUGUUUUCAGUAGAGAUGCAUGACUAUUGCUGCUGCUGCCACCUUAAGCAUGCCAUUGCUUAAAUUCUUGCAUUAUUGGCCUACGCUUUAAUUGGAGACAACAUAGCUAGUGUACCAAGGUACAAGGUAAUGGACAGGGUAAUGAUAGCUUUUAUUUCAAACGCAAAUGGCUUAUGAGUAUACUUUUAUUUUAAAGGUAAAGGUCACUUUUUUAAAAAAGGUUAAUUGGUGAGGUAAUGAGCCACACAUUUCUUGAGGCCAGCUUUGUUUUGCAAGGGCAGUGCCCCUCUCCAUCUCGCUGCUUUACCUUCCCCAGUCCUCUGCAUCAGACAGCUAUUCCCUACAGCUGGGUCAAUGGGGGAAAGUUCACUAUGCCAUAUCAAAUUGGGGAACAUUUGGGUUUGGACAUAAGUGCUCUAACCACUCGGCUUUCUGCUUCCCCUCAAUACAGUUUAGCGGUCCGGUGGCGCAACGGUUAGCGCUGUUAGUGCCAGUCACCAAUACAGUGAAGGUUGGCUGCCCUGAGUUCAUUUCUCGUCUCGGGCCGCUGAUCUUUCUCUGCACGUGGCAUCUGUUUAC